UCCAUUUCGCCCACUCCCGCGUGUCCCGUCCCAAAACGCCCAUCGCGCGCGCGUCUGACCUCGCCUAGCCCCCCGUUCCCCAGGACUAGCGCGGUUUUAAGAGCGGGAUUCGCCGCGUCCGCCGCGGUCGCGCUCGGAUCCGUCGCCUCCCACCCCGACAGCCUCUCCAUGGGCAUCUCGCAGCUCACGGUGGGCGAGCUGAAGCACCUGCUGAGCGAAGCGGAGGUGGACUUUCGGGACUGCAUCGAGAAAUCGGAGCUCGCGGCGAGGCUGCGCGAGACGUUGCCGUCGAUGCCCGCUCGCGCUCGCGACAGGCUCGACGCGUUGCUGUCGCAGGUGGGCGCGGUAUCCCUGGCGCAAGGGGCGUCGUCGUCGGAGGACUCCGGCGCAGUGACAGCGGUGAACUCGACGAAGGAGCUGAUGGCGGAGGAGCGCAACACCGUGGAGCUGUUCGAGCGUUGCUCUCGGUCCGUGGUGCACAUCACCACCACGGUGCAGGUUCAGCGCGGCGGCUUCAGCAUGGACAUCCUCGACAUCCCCCAAGGGAGCGGCAGCGGAUUCGUCUGGGAUAAGCAGGGCCACCUGGUGACCAACUUUCACGUGAUAAAGGACGCUCAGAGAGCCAAGGUGACCAUGAGCGACGGCAAGACGUACGACGCCAAGCUCGUCGGGUACGAGGCGGACAAGGAUCUCGCGGUGCUGAAGCUGGUGAACGGCGGGGACGGGCGAGCCGACGCGGAUGAAUUAUCCGAGGCGUGGAAGCUUUCGCUGAGCCCCAUCGCCGUGGGCACCACCCAGAACCUCCGCGUGGGCCAGAAGGUGUUCGCCAUCGGCAACCCCUUCGGGUUGGACCAGACGCUCACCGCCGGCAUCGUCUCCGGCGUCGGCCGCGACAUAAAGUCCAUAACCGGCCGCCGCAUCCGCGACGUCGUGCAGACCGACGCGGCAAUCAACCCGGGUAACUCGGGUGGACCGCUGCUGGACAGCCGCGGCCGGCUCAUCGGCGUCAACACCGUGAUUUACUCCCCGUCCGGCGCCAGCUCCGGUGUUGGUUUCGCCAUACCCAGCGACACCGUGCGUAGGGUGGUGAACCAGAUCAUCCGCCGGGGUCGGGUGGUCCGAGCCGGCGUCGGCGUGCACUGCGCGGCGGACCAGAUCGCUCGACGGAUGAACGUGGACGGCGUGAUCGUCCUCGAGGUUCCCCCCGGGUCAGGUGCCGCGGCGGCGGGGAUCAAGGGCGUGACUAGGGACCCCGGAACCGGCGCGGCGGUGCUCGGGGACGUCAUCGUCGCCGUCGAGGGCGCCAGGGUCACCGCGGUGGAGGAUCUGUUGGCCAAGGUUGAGACACACGACGUGGGCGAGGUGGUGAGGAUAACGGUGCGCAGGGGCGGGUUAGGGGGACGUGAGGUGGACCUCAAGGUGAGGCUCACGGAGCUGAAGAGCAGGAUGUGACGUUUUUUGAGCGAGGAUGUCAUCGUACGCGUGUACAAGUAGCCGCAGCCAAAAAUGAUGAGCACGUCGUCGUGUUUUACCAUUCGUAUCACAAGAUAAAGUUUAGGGCGGUCAUGGUAAGGAGGAGGAAGAAGCCUUGGUGUGUGGAUGCGUGGUCGUCGUCGUCUUUGAUGAGGUUUGGCGGCGGAGACGGCGGAGGCGGCGGAGGCGACGAAGAGGCGGUGGUUGGAGGCGGCGAGGGGGGCAUCGUCGCUGCGGCAGCGGUCGCCUGUGACUUGAAUGUCUCCAGUGUGCUCGAGUCCACACCUUCGAUCGUGCCGAGCUCGACGAUGGGAUCAACAUCGUUCACCUCGACAGAAAUGCCUUCCGCCUUUAGAGCGUUCUUGGCGGCUGUCAGCGUCGAGUCAUCAACCUCGGCGUCGCUGAAAAACACUGAGACAUCAUACGUC